CUUUCUUUCUUUUUCUAGACAACUGACUUUGGCCUGACGAUCUGCAAUUCUCCAAAACAAAAAACAAAAAAUGUCACUCGACGUCUCAUCUGAACAAGUUUGUUACGUCCACUGCAACUUCUGCAACACUAUUUUAGCGGUUAGCGUUCCAAGCAGCAACUUAUAUUGUAAUGUUGUGACGGUGAGAUGCGGGUAUUGUGGUAAUUUGCUGUCUGUGAACAUGGGAGCUCUGAUGCCCUCAACCCCACUUCAAGAUCUCCAGUUUCAGAAUCAUGGUGUGAGCUCUGAAGAUUCUAGUAAAGAAGUUGGAUCUUCUUCCAAAGGUACCAAUGUCUCGACACCAGACUCUGCAGACUGCGAACAAUCUCGCAUGCUCCCUGUACGCCCACCAGAGAAGAGGCAACGAGUUCCAUCAGCAUACAACAAAUUUAUCAAGGAAGAGAUCCAAAGGAUAAAGGCGAAUAAUCCUGACAUCAGCCACAGAGAAGCUUUUAGCACUGCAGCAAAAAAUUGGGCUCAUUUUCCUCAUAUUCACUUUGGGCUAACAGUUGAUGGAAACAAGCACAUAAAAAUUGAUGAAGCAUUUGUCAAUGAAGGAGCUAACAAAAAGGCCCAAGGUUUCUAUUGAUGAUAAUUAUCUUGUAGAUAGCUAUGCUAUUGUUUUACUAUAUCACUACUAAACUUUGACACUGAGGAUCAUCAGCCUCUCCUAAAUGGUUGGAAAUGCUGAACCUAGCUUCCAUGAUUUCUAUUCCUUGCAUUAUCUUAUUUAUUGUCUAAUACCAUUAAGCCAUUCGUUUUU